AUUUCCGUGAAAACGAAACAGCAACAACGCGCUUAAACGUUUGGCAUCAUUUACUGGCAAGACUGGUUCGAGCACGUUUUUUUACGUGGGGUGCGGUCACGGCUACUGAAUCAAAACGAGAACGAGCUAAAUUAAACAUGCAGUCGCCUAAACGCCAGCUAGUUUGAAGCUAGUUUGAACAAUGUCGGCGGUGGUUCGGAACACGGGGGGCUGGGUUUUGGAUGCACGCGCACUCAUUGAUCAGGGGUAUUCGCGCUGCAUCCGGCUGGGAGACGAUAAUCAAAAGUCACACUUGAAGUGUCGUUUCAAAAGGCAAUGCUUUCAGAUGUUACACGGCCACUGCAGUGCGAGUGCCAGUGAUACUGUGGAUGAAGGAAACACGGAUACGUUGCAUAAAACAGACAAACCAUCGAAGAAGAGGAAACGAAGACCCAGUGAACUCAACCAGGGGGAAAUUGAUUCACAGGCCUUCCAUGAGAAGAUCAGGUCUGUUGUCCUGGAGGGAACCGAGUCCCUGGUGGAUUCUGCCCGGUCUCUCGGAUAUCUCACCGGGGGGACGGACACAGUGGACGAGCCUCUUCCCUCUCAGGAGUGCAGCCUCGCGGCUCUUUGUGAAAUGGCUAAAGGGCUUCCUCUAGUGGCCGACGAGGAGCAGGAGGCGUGCGUGCAGCUCCUCGUUGCCGAAGACGGCCGUACGUCACACGUCGACUUGUUCUCUCGGGUCACAGAGAGUCGGGCGGACUGGGCUACCGUGGUCCCGCUGAUGGGAGAGGAGUAUGUCAUACCACCACACACGGCCUUCCUGCUGUCCGAUGUCACCAGAAUACAACCGCUGGUCCACUAUGGAAGAAGAUUUGACUUAAUAGUUAUGGAUCCACCGUGGGAAAACAAAUCUGUGAAAAGGAGUCGCAGGUACAGCUCUUUGCCCUCGUCUCAGCUGAAACGGCUCCCGAUUCCAACACUGGCGUCCCCGAACUGUCUCGUGGUCACCUGGGUCACCAACCGGCCCAGCCACCUGCGCUUUGUGCGAGAUGAGCUGUAUCCACACUGGGGGGUAGACGUGGUGGCCGAAUGGUUCUGGGUCAAGGUGACCACAUCUGGACAGUUUGUGUUUCCACUCGACUCCCAUCAUAAGAAGCCGUACGAGGUGCUGGUGCUGGGCCGGUACCGUUCCACUGCAGACAACCCCACAAGCUCUUCAGGGACAUCCGAGGUUCCCGUGGAGGACCAGCGUUUGAUUGUCAGCGUCCCAUCAGCGCUCCACUCCCAGAAGCCCUCACUCUCGGAGGUGCUGAAGCCCCACGUCGCAGCUGGAGCCGAGUGCUUGGAGCUGUUUGCCCGAAGUCUUCAACCCGGAUGGACCAGCUGGGGCAACGAAGUGCUCAAGUUUCAGCACGUGAGCUAUUUCACUUUGACGCCGGCGGCCGACCCCGACGACGAGCCCGCGGUCACACCGGGGUCAACCAGCUCACCUGGAGAGUCCUCUCCUCCCACCGCGGUGGACUAAUGGCCGACCGUCAAAACACCUGUCAUGAGAAGUUCAGUGUGUUUUCAAUUAAGAUUCAACGCCAGAAUACUUCUAGAGCAGUUCCUUUUGAUCUGACUCCUCGUGCAUGUGGGACCUUUGAUUAGUUUUAGGGAGGGGGUACAUUUUAACGGUAGCGAAUCACAGGGUCGAUGAUGCAUUUGGGGGAGAUGAAAGUGCAUUUCUGUGCAGCUAUGUUUUUAACUUCCCACACUGAGUUCAGAUAAACAACUCUGGGUUUAUUUCUUUGAGUAAAUCUUUGGCGCAAUGUGUGUCUGAAGGAUGAUCAAAGUAUUUCUAUUUUUACUCGUUCCAUGCUCUUUUGAACCGAAUCCUCAAAAUGUUUCCCGUUCCUAAUGAAAGAGACUGGUAUUGAAUGCAUCGCUGUCCUUCCACACAACUUUUGUAUUAAAGUGUUUGCUGCUGCGCCGCGUUAA